UCGCCAUCCCUACUUUAAGUUUUGUGCCCGUCAUUCUCCACUAGCGAAAAACAUUUAAAGAUUUCAUUCCGUAUCCUUGCAAAAAAAUAAUAUUUAAUCAUGCUGAACAAUUAUAACGGUCUGGCUCAACCUUUCUGGCAAAAUGGACCUGCACCCGGCCAGUUCUACCACUUCACUGGCGGACAACAGCAAAUCCAGAAUCUGCCCCGCGAAUUGACCACCGCCGGCCCGUAUGGAACGCAGCGCAACACUGCCAGAAUCACCACAGGCUCUUCAGUUUUGGGCAUUCGCUUUGAUGGCGGCGUCAUGAUUGCAGCCGAUACAAUGGUAUCCUAUGGAUCCCUGUCUCGCUACCAAAGCAUCGAUCGUGUAUUUAAAAUCAACGAAAAGAUAUUGCUGGGAGGUGGAGACGACUUCGCCGACAUCCAGUCUAUCAAGCGCACCAUCGACCAGAAGAUGAUCGCUGAUCAAUGCAGAGCAGACGAGAUCGAGAUGAAGCCCACAGAAUUGGCGAUGUGGUUGACCAGAGUGCUUUACAAUCGUCGCACACGUAUGAAUCCUUUGUUCAUUGAUGUGGUUGUUGGUGGAGUCAAUGCGGAGGGAAAGCCAUUUUUGGGCAAUGUCGACUUGCGCGGAAGAUUCUACGAGGACUUUGUGGUGGCCACCGGUUUUGCUCGCCAUUUGGCUAUUCCCUUGGUACGCGAGAGCAAGCCAGCGGGUAGAGAGUUCACUGCAGAGGAGGCUUCCAAUUUGAUCCGAAAAUGCAUGGAGGUGUUGUACUACCGAGACACCCGUAACACCUCGAAGUACACGGUCGGCGUGUGCACCCCCAGCGGUUCCGUUGUGGAAGGACCUUAUAAGGUCGAUGAGAACUGGUCUUUUGCCUCCACCAUCAAAGGAUACUGAAAGAAGACAACUAGAGCUAUGCGGUUUUUGUAUGAAUUAAAGUCACUCACAUAAUUUGGUUACAAGCUUAUUGAAAAUAAAUGUGACUAAAUAAAUUAAAAAAAAAAAAAUAGAACUGAAA